AUGGGCCCAGCUGUUGACCCUGUUCUCAGGGGUCGAGAACAUGAAGACGAGGAUUACGAGCGCGCCGUACAAAAGCUUCUCACCUUGGACUCUGACGACUGGCCCAACGAAGCAGGGUUCGAGGGACUCACGGAAGUAACAGGUCCUGUGGAACUACGUCUGAAGGGAACCAUCCCUUCGUGGGCUGCCGGUGCUCUGUACCGGAUCGGCCCUGGACAAUACAACGUGGACGAUACACCGCGCGGCACAUACCGCACUACCCACUGGUUCGAUGGCUUUGCCCAUGCGCACAAAUUCGAGAUAAUACCCAUUUCCGGCGAUUCAGGUAGCGCGGUGGCUGUCAAAUACACUUCGAAAAGACAGAAUAAAGCCCUAGUGAAAGCAAUCCGGAAGGAGGGCCGUCGAGCAAAUAUCACAUUCGGCCAGCGUUUGGAUCCUUGCGUGGGACUCUUUAGCAAAGUGAUGGCCACCUGGCGAUCAGGCCUGGGCAAUUCGACGCGUGAUUUCGACCUUGAGAAUGUUGGUGUCACGGUCCAGGCAAAUGUACCCGGCUUAAAGUCAGCCUCGCAACAUCCCACCGACCUAGGCCAUCGCAGUGCUGCUCGGAAUUUGUGGGCGACAACAGAUAAUGCGAUCAUGAAAGAGAUGGAUCCUGAUACUCUCAAACCAAUCGGUAACAGUACGCAAGAGGAGAUCCAUCCUCUUCUGAAGGGACCUUUGAGCUGUGCUCAUGUUCAGCGCGACCCGGAAACUGGCGACCUGUUCAACUACAACAUGGAAGUCGGUUACAACGCAACGUAUCGGGUAUUCCGAGUAAACGCAUCAACAGGCACGACAGACAUUCUUGCUACGAUAAGCCAGCCCAAUCUUAAGCCCGCCUAUAUUCAUUCCUUCUUCUUGUCAGGAUCGUAUGUCAUACUGGCCAUACCAUCCUCGCAUUUCGGCAGCUUUGGCAUGUCAAUACCGUGGAAUAAGAACAUCAUUGACGCGAUAGAACCAUUCGAUGAGUCGCAGAUAUGCAAGUGGUUCAUCAUCGAUCGACGAACGGACAGGGGCAUAGUCGCCUCUUAUGACAGCCCCGCAGGUUUCUUCUUUCACAGCAUCAAUGCAUACGAGGAAGUGGACCAAACUUCUGGGGAGACUAGUGUUCUCUGCGACUUGAUUGAGUAUCCAACGGCAGAUGUGAUAAGGGCCUUUGAGAUGGACGUCAUUCUACGCAACGGAAGCGCGGCACAGAACUAUUGGGGCGACGAAAUGCGCAACCGCAACUCUCAAGCCCGUUUUGCGAGGUACAAAUUCCAGAUACCACAAGUGUCUGCUGCGAAAAAGAAAAGGGUGCCCUUACGGCCUGAGAAGCUGCUUGAGAUCAGAGCCCCACGCGUCGGUGAACUGCCCACGAUCAACCCCCUGUACGCCACCCGGAAGCACCGCUACGUCUACAGCCUGCCGAAUCGCGGGCACUCGACCCUCAUGGAUAGCCUCUCGAAAUUGGAUCUCGAGACGAGAGAGACGCUGUACUGGGAUAACCCGCAGGGCCACACCCCGGGCGAGGCCAUUUUCGUUCCUCGGCCGAGAUCCAAGCCGGACGAGAGGGAGGACCUGGCAGAGGACGACGGCGUCUUGCUGAGCGUGGUGUUAGACGGGUAUGGCAAGACGAGCUACCUGGUCUGUUUAGAUGCGAAGACUAUGAAGGAACUUGGUCGCGCCGAAUGUGACUGGGCCAUUCCCUUUGGGUUUCAUGGAUUGCAUACUUCAGCUAUCGUGUAA